UUUCUUUUUACAAUUGUUUUUUGUUAUAUUUUUGUAGGAGUCUCUUACAAUAUAUUGAUGAGGAACUGAAACUAAGAGCCACAUUGCCAUUAACCGAUACCAAAGAUUUACUAAGCACUGAAUGCAAUUGUAGCCAUAACGGCGGCGGUAGUAGUGGUGGCGGUGGUGGUGGAGGAGGUGGAAAUAAUGGUGUCGCUAACAACAGUAACCAUAAUAACAUUACAUCAUCCAACUCCUCAUCGUCGUCGACAAAUGGCAUCACAUCAGGAACAACGGCUUUAUCGUCGUCGUCCGCCAAUUCCAACUCCAAUUCCUCCUCCUCCACACCGGCCGCAGCUUUAAUAACCUCCUCAACAACGACCACAAAUGGCGGCAGUGGUAAUGGUCCAUCAUCGCUAACUUAUGGCAGUGGUUAUUCGAAUUUGCGCACCACGGCAUUGGAUGCCAUCGAUCUCACCGAUAAUCAUUCAUCACUGUUUGCCCAUUUCGAUAUGCUGCGACAUGGAUACAUCAACUACAACAAUCACAGCCGGCCCAUUUCGAUUCCAGCAUCGGCAAAUCAAGCGAUGGCAGCCGCAACAGCAUCCUCCAAUGGCCAAUUGUCCACAUCGACUUCAAUGUACAGUCAUCAUCCUAUGGAUAAUUCAUGUUCUGAUCAGAGGGGUGGUGGUAGUGGCGGUGGUGGUGUUAGUGGUAGCGGCAUUGACCCAUACCACGAUGGUGUUGGUGGUGGCCAUAGAAUUGGUAGUAGUAACUUUGCCAGUAGCAGCAGCAGCGGCAGCAUUAACAAUGCUGGUGUCGGUGGCAAUAGUUGUCAUCAGCAUGGCAGCAGCAGCAGCGGCGGCGGCGACGGCAACAGUAGUAGUGGUGGCGGUGGUGGUGGCAGCCACUACCAUCAACAUCAGCAUCACCAUCAUCAUCACCAUCGUCAUCAUAGCCAAGAUAUUUACUCACCUUCUUCAUCAUCAUUUCUGCACUCUAACAAUUCUAGUUCGGGUAGUAGUGUUAGUCACUUGGGUGGUGGUAUUAGUGGUGGUCACCUACAUUCCUCCUCAUUGUUGUUAUGUAACACUAAUGCGUCCGCGUCAUCUAAUGCUAAUGCUUCCUCCUCAUCAUCUUGUACUACUACUAACAAUCAUAACAAUUGUGCCAUGUCCAGUUGUGCGUCCAUUUGUCCGAAUAUAGCAUCUGUCUCCUCCUCCUCCUACUCCUCAACGUAUAUUUACAAUAAUUACCUUCGCAAUAAUGGUUCCAAUUAUUUAAACAGCAAUACGACCAGUGAUGUUGUCGCCUCGACAUCCUCAGCCAUGUCAUCAUCCGCCUCUGCCAAUAAUGCAUCAUCCUCGGCGGCGACAGCAGCAGCUGCGGCAGCCGGAAAUACAACAACGAAUGAUCAACAAACAACUAGCAAUAAUUUGAUGAACUAUAACAGCCAUCAUAACUGUGAUUAUCAUCAUCAUCACCAUCAGGAAAAUAAUCAGAAUGGUUUGGAAGAUUCACCAAGAAGACACAGUUCCAUGGAUCAACUACUCGGUCUGAUUAACGAUAUGGGCAAAUCAUCGCGUACACGAAGUCUAAGUGACGGUGGUACUCAGGAAGAUGAUGAUGAAAUUGAAAAAGAAGCCCAACCCGAUUUACUAAACAAUACACCUCCUGUGCCUCCCAAACGCUCCCACAGACGACGACACACACCCCCACGCCCCAUAUCGAAUGGCCUGCCACCGACACCCAAAGUUCACAUGGGUGCCUGCUUCUCCAAAAUCUUCAAUGGUUGUCCUCUACGUGUUCAUUGCACUGCCUCGUGGAUCCAUCCGGAGACACGAGACCAACAUCUGCUCAUCGGAGCCGAAGAAGGUAUAUUCAAUUUGAAUAUGAACGAACUACACGAUGCUGCCAUAGACCAAUUGUUCCCCCGACGUACGACAUGGUUGUAUGUCAUUAAGGAUGUCCUCAUGAGUUUAUCGGGUAAAUCGUGUCAAUUGUAUCGCCACGAUCUAAUCGCCCUACACUCCAAGCAAACGCACCGAUUUUCGAUGCACAUGAACAAGAUUCCAGAACGGCUGGUGCCACGCAAGUUUGCCUUGACCACAAAGGUACCCGAUACCAAAGGUUGUACACAGUGUUGUGUGACGCGGAAUCCCUACAACGGCUACAAGUAUUUGUGUGGUGCAACACCCAACGGCAUAUUCCUGAUGCAGUGGUAUGACCCCUUGAACAAAUUCAUGCUGUUGAAACAAUGCGAGUGGCCGGCCACAAGCAUACUCGGUGGUGGUCAUGGUUGUGUGCAGAACGGACGCACGCCUGUCUUUGAGAUGAUUAUUACGCCCGAACUGGAAUACCCCAUUGUGUGUACGGGAGUACGGAAGGCCGUUAACGGCUGCCUCAAGCUGGAACUCAUCAACAUGAACAGUGCAAGUUGGUUCCACUCGGAUGAUUUGGAAUAUGAUGCUAUGGCCACAAUGGUACCCCGACGAGAUCUACUCAAAGUGGUAAAAGUCCAUCAGGUGGAAAAGGAUGCAAUAAUUGUGUGUUAUGGAAAUGUGAUACAAGUGGUUACGCUGCAAGGUAACCCAAAACAGCAUAAGAAAAUGGUCUCCCAGUUGAAUUUCGAUUUCAACGUGGAUAGUAUAGUUUGUUUACCCGAUAGUGUUUUAGCAUUCCACAAGCACGGCAUGCAGGGCAAGUCGCUGCGCAAUGGUGAAAUAACGCAAGAAAUUAAAGAUAUGAGCCGUACAUAUCGAUUACUGGGAAGUGAUAAAGUGGUGGCACUAGAAAGUCAAUUGUUACGAACUGGUUCCUUGGGCAGUGAAGAGGGUCAUGAUCUAUACAUUUUGGCCGGACACGAGGCCAGUUAUUAAAAUACAAACAAAACAAUGUUAAUGUUGGUCAAACACAAAAUAACAAAUGGCUUAUAUUUAGUAUUACCAAAACUAAA